AAAAUUGUUCCAAAUUAAUAAAGAUGUUGUGUUUAGCAAGAAUUUUAAAACGUAACCAUGGGUGUGGGUACUAAUUAGGCACUCAGUUCAAUCUCUGUGCCAAGAAAUCAAAAAAUGUUUCUAAAAUGUUUUGGUGAGUCAAGUUCAUCGGGGAGACAAUAUCCAACAGUAAUAGAAGAGUUGUGCCGUCAUUUUUCUCUUGCUGAUAUUCAGAAAUCAACCAACAAUUUUGAUGAUAACAGAGUAAUUAGAGAUGGAGCAUGUGGUAAGGUAUUCAAAGGUUGUCUCCGACAUAACGAUGGUUCUUAUUACGCAGUCGCAGUGAAGCGAUUUCACGUGCAAGGCAGUGAAGGGUUUAAAAGAGAAGUAGAAUUACUGUGUCAGCUUCAUCACCCUAAUUGUGUGUCUAUUGUAGGAUUUUGCAAGCACAAAACAGAGAGUAUUGUUGUGUACGAGUACAUGUCCAAUGGAUCUCUGGAUCAACACCUGGGAAGUGAUGUUAGAGAAGCACUGCCAUGGAAAAAAAGGUUAGAGAUUUGCGUAGGAGCAGCGCGUGGACUACACCACCUUCAUGCAGGACUCAAGCGCACCAUCAUUCACCAUGACAUCAAACCUAGUAAAAUUCUUUUGGACGACAACAUGCACCCAAAACUCUCAGGUUUCAGCUUCAGCAUAUUGGGAGCACAUUUCAAGGAAAAGCCAAAACCAAUAAAAACGGAUUUUGCAGGUACUUACGGCUACUUACCUAUUGAGUCCUUUACGUCCGAUACUAUCACAGAUAAAUGGGAUGUUUACGCAUUUGGUAUGACUCUACUGGAAGUUGUGGGGGUAAGAAGAAUUUUUGAACGGGUUUAUUUUGGAAUAGAAAAAGAACUACUGGAGAAGUGUGUUGAGGAGAAUAUUGAUCCGAAAAUCAAAGGAGAGAUAGCAGCAGAGUGUUGGCAAGUGUUUAUAGAUAUAGCCUUAAGAUGCAUAAAAAAUGAAGCUGAUGAACGACCAGCAAUGGGUGAAGUGGAGGUGGAACUUGAGCUUGCUCUAUUGUUGCAGCAACAAGCAGAUGCCACAAAUAUCGAUAGUGAUUAUACCUUAUUGUCCAAAACCGUGAUUAUACCAACAUCAGGUGGGGGAUUUGACUAUGUCAUUGGCCAAUUUAAAGAACAGGAAACCGAAUACAGUGACUCGGAAGACAUGUUCAAUAGGUAAUUUAGUGAAGUAGUCAAGUUUGGCGAAGAUAUAUCUCUUGGUUUUGUAGCUUUCCUUGUUCUUAGUAUUUUGAUGAAUGUGAUUGUAUAUGAAGUUGUCACUGUAAUCAUCUUCGGCUAGUACAGAUUUGAAGGCCGCGAAAGUUGGAGCGUAGUGUUGGCAAGUCUUUAUAGAUAUAUAUAUUAGAUUAAGAUGCAGGAAGAAUGAACCAGCAAUGGAAGAAGUAGUGGUGGAAGUUGAGCAUGCUCUGCAUCACAAAAACCAGCUACAUCUUACGACCACAAUUGUACACGAAUAUCACAGUUCCCCAAUAAGAAGGCAAGCAGGGUUUGCAAGAAGAAUGGUGAGGAUUUCCCAAAUCUGUUGUAUCUGAUCGAGACCAAGCCUUCACAGGCAAAUUUUUGCAACAAAUUUUCAAACUGAGUAGCACUUGAGGAUAUCCCACGCAAGUAUUCAGCCGAGGAAGCAGCCGUAAGAAGUGACUAUUCGGCAAGAGAGCGGCAUCAACACAUGCACUUGCUAGGCCGAAAGAGAGGAUUAAAACACAAGGAACGAUUAGUGAUACAUAAAUAGUGGUAAGCAUCAUUAAGAUAUUAUUGGGCCAUGCUGCUAAUAUGUAGCGAUGAGAAAAAAUCCAAUUUUGUUAUCUGAUUUACUUUUGCUACACCCAUUUUAUUAAAAAUUCAAUCCAUUCAAAAUCUAGGAUAAAAUACAUUUUUGGUUUCAAUUUUCGUCAAAUUUUUU